AUGGAUCGAAAACUUCCCUGUGAGUCGACACCAGGUUGUGUCCGUCGGUCAAGGGAAAUCAGAUCCUGUUUGCGUCGAGAGUGGUGUCCCCCAAGGUUCAGUACUGGGAAACAUUUUGUCCCUUAUAUUUGUGGACGAUGUCGCAAGAGCUUUGAACUAAGAAGUUGCAAUGUUUGCCGAUGGCAUGAAAAUGUGGAGUUUAACUCAGGCUCCCGCCGACUAAUACGCACUGCAGGUGAACUUAAAUCGGUCGGAAGCGUGGUUUAAACCGCUGGCUUCCGCGGUUCAACGUCGGUAAGUAUAACAUACUUCACUUAGGCUACACAGCCAGAUCCGCCAGCACAAGAACUACUUUCUGGGCUGGGCAACCUGACUGGAGGUCAAAGCCCCAAAAGACCUCGGUUUGCUGACGACAAGUUCCCUAAAACCAUCCGCUCACUGUUCGAGAGUGGCAAAGAGCGCAAUGUCCGUGGUGUACGCUAUCAAGCCUGCUUUUAUGGAUUUCGACGAAGACGCUUUCUCUAAGACUUUUGGAACAUUCGUCCGGCCGCACUUGGAGUGCGACAUACUGGCCUAGAGACCGUGGGCUGUUGAUGAUCAAAACUGCCUCGAAGUAUUUCAGAGGAGGGCCAAGAAGAUGGUUAGGAGUCAAAGCCUCUUUCCUUAUGCAAAGCGCCUAGUAAAUCUGAACCUCUUCCCUAUGAGUUACAGGCAACUUCGGGGGAUCUCUUGCAAACAUUCUUCAUUUUAAAGGGGUUGGAUUGCAGCCUGGCCUUCGAGGACUUUUUUGAAUUUGCUACCACAACCAACCUCCGAGGUCACCCGUUUAAACUGCGCACUUAACAGGCAAGACUGGAUUUGCGGAAGCUCGCCUUCUCUGUUCGAGUGAUCAAGCCGUGGAAUGCCCUUCCUACAGAUGUUGUAAUGUCAUCAUCUAUACAAGGCUUUAAAAAGAAGUUAGACCUAUUCAUGUUCCCAACUGACCAAGAGCGAUGAGAGGUCGAGCUCAUCCCCUGCAACUCGCUCCCAUUUUGCCCUGCCUUUAUGGGCUCAUUUGAACUAUUUCAGUCGAAAAACGUUUUCUGUACGCCUCACAUUUCUACGUUGCAAAGACGGUACUAAAAGGUUUGCGCAUAUUUUCCCCAAUAAACUGAACUGAACCAUCUUCCUCUUUGUUUGGUCUUACUCCGUAGCUCCGUAAACACCCAGGUCCCUAACUGUUUUUGAACAGCUGUUCAACAUUUUAGGCCUUCCUUCUCUUUACAUUAUGCAUGGAGAUUAUUUGAGAUUCACAGCUUUUGCAGAACUCUGGCAACUUGAUCGGAAUUUCACACAUUCAUGUUGGUCCUAUAUAACUUCAAAUUACAUUUCAAUAGACAAUAAGUUAACUUCUAGCUGUCGAAUUCCAGGUCGUACGUAAGCGCUGAAAAACAAACUGACAGUUUGUGACACCUCCUAGCAACUAACAGUUAACGCCUACGAUACUACAGGUUUAUUGAAGCGUGUCCCAGUCAGCGAUGGCGCCGAAACCACAUCGAAGUACGAUCCACAAAUGGACUACUUUGAUUGGUCAAGCAAUAUUCGUUUGAAAAUACUAAGGUCAGUUAGAGUAGUGCUGUAGCGGCCGAGGACGUCGAGGGUAGAACACGCCAGAGAAAGGAAACGCAGAUGAGAGAUCCUGGCCGGGUUAGACCCUGAACGGAACUGUUAACACUUCUUGAUACUCAUCCAUACACCGGGGAAGAAGGCAGAUCGAGUAAUGGAAAUAGUGUAAUGCAUAACGAGAUAAGCAAGGAAAAUGUGUAUAAUAACUGUUAACAAUACAGGGGGAUGAGUUGCAACUGAAGAAUAACCUGUCUGGGUGAAGAGGUGAUACCAACACGCCAGCUAGUAAACCGGUGGGGAGUGCAGCGCUGGGGGCAACUGCAGGGAAGGGCCGAGGAGGUGCCGACGUAGAGAGAGACGGAGGACGGUACGAACGUUGCGAUACGAUGCGGGAAGAGGGGUCGGCGGAAAUGAGAGGGAAGGACACCGGUCAUCUUCACCAACAUGCGGUUACGCCAUCUUCACCCCAGGUCCACGCGCCAAAAAAGUGUUCACACAUUCAAAUAACUCUGUCCAAGUCCAGGGGCUUUACAGUGCAACAGUGCAAGGCAAGAGCGAAUCAAACAACCGGUAGUUGGCACUUCCACUUAUCGAGAUCGGAAAAAGCUCGAACAUGUCGCUCAUGCAAGAAUGAAGAGAAAAUCACCCUUGAUGUGUUCCCGAGAACGGAGAGAGAGAAACACAAAGAAACGGUUAAUAGAUGUAAAGAAGCACUCGAGGUACUGGAAAAGAAUUUGUUGGAAACACCACUGCGAUUUUAAUAGGCUGAAAUUUAUGAGCUAAAAGCAAAGACUGCGCCCGAUUAACAGCUGCUCUAUGUAAGAAUGUGUACUUUACCACGGCUGUCUUCUCCGCUCUCAUCUCUGCUGUUGUUGUUCUGUGGAGUAGCUUCCUGAUUUUAAUAUUGUGAUGAAGUGUCACCUGCGUGACAUAAUCGACGAAGCUGGACAAAGGGCGCGUGCGUAUGAAUUUGUCCGACAAAGACGUUAAUCACAAAAGCAUUUAAUGAUAGAAAACGGGAUUCGAGUUACUGUGUUGAACGCGAUGAUUUUACUACUGGAACACGGCAUGAAAUCUAUGGCAUGGCAGAAAUACUGCUGUGGCGUAUGCCACAUUUAUAUCUGUACUAGAGAAGAAGCCAGCUGAUUAUAGCGACAUCGAAAAUAUUUAAGUUGUGUGGAAAUCAAUCCUGCGAAAACUUAUAUCGCAGACGGUAUAUCGGCUGAAUAGUCUGGUUUAUAGGAUCAUUUAGAUGACGCACUGUAGUGCGAUACACGGUAUAAACCUCCACAUCUUGGUUAGUUCGCUGAACGGAUUUGUUGUCAUGGCUUUAGAUUCAUGCAUUUUGUUUCUCAAUUUCUACACUUCGAAAUAAAUUAACGAUUGCCAAAACAGCCUUAUACUAAUUAUUUUCCCAGAGUAAAGCAUUUUCGAACAUAUUUGUUCGGUUUGAACCACCACCAAAACUGGGAAACCACUCAUUGUUCUUAUUUUACUCUAGGACUCCUCUAGAUAACCGCGGCUUGGGUUUUUUUAAUCACAUGGAGCAUUCGUUCAAGACCAAUAUGUCGAAAUCCCCUACACCACAAAAUGCAAUUUUGCUGCUGCGCACUUGUAUUGAUACCGAUCACCGAUUUUCAUAUUUCCUGUUGGUUUGGCGGCAUUGAGAGUUGACUGAUAUCCAGUUAAUCAUUUGCCUCAAGUUCGUCAACAAAAAUGUACCUUUUUAGCUUUUCCCUUGAUCCAUUUAGUUAAUGACAUGUGCUGCACCUGCAUCUCGAUAAGCCUUAACAGAAGUGCAUUUGCUCGAUAUCGACUGCUGUUAGGGCUGUUGCUAGUAUUAAAUCCUGUCUGUGAAAUAUCAGACAUGUAAUUUUGUGAUUUUACUGUAUUCGUUUAGUUGUUAUUCAUAGUAGUUAAGGGAGUCACAUUUUCUUAAAAAUUACAAGAAAGUUGAAGGAUGUUGGAGUCCUCACUGUAAUAAGGUUCUGGAGACCAUGCGGCAAGCCGAGCUCAUUUGGCACAUUUGGCACAUCAUUUGGCAGUUUUGCGUGUCAAAAACCAAGAUCUUCUAAGCUUUAGUCCGAGAUACCUUAACACAUCUUAAAAAGUAUAGGUAUGCAGUCUUUGACUACAAAAGAGUAUUUGCUUUCGGCUAACAGACCGGAAUUACUUAAAUAAAUAGUCAAUCAAACGUAAUAUUCCUUGUGGCAUAGCUUUCAGUUACCAAUAACCCCUCUGUAUUCCAUAAAUAGCUUCGAGUCCGUUCCUUGUUCUGAGCCUGCAUUUAUCGCUUAACAGGUAGGGCAUUUCUCAACCAGCAAUAGGCCCGCUUUUGUUUGUAGCGUCUAGUCCUGGUCCCUUCAAGAAGCCUUUAAACGUUGCGUUGUAGUUGUUUAUAAGGUAUAAAUCAAAAACUUGACCUCCAAUGAUUUCUUUCGAAGGAUUUUCUUUCGAACGGGAGAUUCGGAAUUGCUAUUUUAGAUUACGCACUGUUCUGUGCUUUUGCCUUGCGAUUCUGUUGGUUAUCUACUCAUCUUUCUUGUCGGACGCGCAUGACUGUAAGGCACGAGACGUAGACUGCCUUGUUUAGAUUUAGCGUCACUACAUCGCCGCUCGUCAAUUAGACCUAGUCACUAUCUGCCUCCUGUCACGUUUUGCAACUCCGAUAAAACUGCUUAGUAUGAAUUACAAACAGCAUCAUGAAAUUAAAUUUAAGUUGGUGAAAAGUGCGAAAGAUGACUGUUUCGUGGAGAUUGUAACUCAUGGGCGCCCCUAACUGAGACUGACAGUGAAUGGUAUACACUUUACGCAGACACUGUGGAAAUCUCGUAUAUCACCCGGCUGCCCGACAUGCCUAUGAACGACUCACAACGACGUAUGUCCAUUUUCUUCCAACCAUGUCCUUGAAAACCUCUUCCAUAAGUAGGUGUGAGCCAUGCAGUGCCAAUUCUCACACCCUUUGGCAACACGGAUACAAAUUUGCACGCGUGCGACCCGUCGACAUCGGUCCUUUGCUUUUGUGUUAAUGUUUGGAUUUGCGUUUGGGGCUAUUGCAACUUCACACCAAUCAGAGCCAUUACUGCCAUAAACGCAGUCAAAGCGAGAACACCCGUCAGCUCAUGGUAUCUCAAUAUUUCGAUGGUCCUUGUCUGGCAGUAGCUUUUCACGGUGCUGUGCUACUGGUUUGACUCCAAGCUGCUGCUGUAAGGUUUCCCACGUUUUAGAAAACAGUGCUUAAUUCUCUAUCAAAAGCAAGCUAAUUACAUAUUUGCAAUUGUAUUCGGUAACGCAAGUCUAGAUUUGCGAUUAACUAACCCGUGUUGUCAUGGGGGCUUGCGAAUAUGAUACACAUUUCGUUCUCCAUUUUCCAUAUGAGUCUUUAGAUGUAUAUCCAAGCUCCAAGGCAGCGGUAGAAAUAGCAUUUUUUUAAAUGGUUGGUUACGGUUCUUAUGCCGUGUCGUUACCAGUCGGUGGCUUUUUGUAAGUGGUUCAUGUGCCAUAAGCAUACUGUCUGCCUCCCAAUAGCGCAAUUUUGGUGUCCGACUAAUUUCGGCCGACUAGAGAAAACCCGUUCUCAGCUGUAUUUGGCAGACAGCCUCCACUAUUUUCCACUAAUUACUUUGCUUUGUUUAGUGAUAUUCGCCAAACGAUUUUGCCCUUGACAGCUAUUCACAUGAGCAAAGUGGGUCAGGGUGUCAGUAUUAUUGUAAUAUUCCCAUUUGGAAUAUUCCCCUCCUCCCCAUAUUUCUGUGUUGUGUAUGCUUUACACUUUUUUCCCUUUUCUGUUAGUCUUUUCAGGACGAUAAUUUGAGUCCUCGUGUUUAUGUCAGAAAAUGGUGGUAAUUGACCAGCCUCUGGAUUACUAAUUUUACAGUAAACAUUUGGAAUUUUGUGUCACAGCAGUUUUUAUAUUUUGAAAUGAUUCCUGUCAUUGGAGGUAUUCUUAUCAUUUAGUCACAUUUUUUUCCAUUUCCUCUGCUAUUUUCAGGCAUGUGCUUGGCUACUCUAUGGCACAUGUGUAUCUUGUUCAUGUUUACUUCGGCCUACAUGUUCGACGUUCCUAUCCUUCAUAAGGAGCCGCCUUUCACCAAUACUACUGCAUUCUUUAAUGAAUCGACCGGCUUUGUCUAUGACCCAAAUUCUCCUCUCGUCAUGUGUUCCUACCUUCCGCGGCACUCAAUCUGGUGCGAGCCCCCAGAAGGUAUGUUACCCCAAAUUUUUUUUCAUCUUUAGACUUGCACGGUAACAAGAGCCUCUUCCUCGAGACCACGCAAGGCUGUUAUCAGUGGGGCGGGCUGAGGGUUGACGAGGUUCAACUAACCUCCAUCACUUGCCACGCCCUGCCUGAUAUCGAGUGCUACGGAAAUCGGACAUUCUUACUACACGACUACCCUUGUCUUCGCUAUCACGGACACUACUUCCUCACGACUCUGUUCUACAGCAUAUUUUUGGGAUUCUUGGGUGUCGAUCGGUUUUGCCUAGGACACCUUGGUACCGGUGUUGGCAAACUGUUGACUGUUGGUGGGUGUGGGGUCUGGUGGCUCGUGGACAUUUUCCUUCUCAUUCAUGGUGAUCUUCGUCCGGCGGAUGACAGCUCAUGGAUGCCGUUUCUUUGA